CCGCUUACUCCGCAAGGACUCCCCCUCUCCCGGGUCAUUCGGGCAGUGGGACUUCCCAGCCGUGGCCAAGGGGCCGCUUAGGCGCCCAAGCCGGUUCCCCUCCCGCCUCCCCGGGGGACGCGUGAGCAGGGAGGCGCGGCAGGGGCGGGCACAGGCGAUCCGGCUCGGCCCCGGGUAGAGGCAGAGGAGGCGAGGGCAGGCGCCGCCGGCGGAGCAGGGGAAGCCGGCGAGAGCACCGGCCGGUGUCCGCGGGCGGCGAGGCGGUGACGGCGGCGGGCGGCGCGAGGAGCCCCUGUGAUUGGCACAGCCCGAGCCGGAGGAGGAGGCGAGGGGAGGGCGGAGGAGGAGGAGGAGGAGGAAGGGGGCGAGCGCAGCGGAGGCGGCAGUGAGGAGCUGUGUUUCCACCUCUCCAACCCCGGCAGGACUGGGGCGGCCGCCGCGGGCCAGGGGUGGGGACAGCACUGAGCGUCGCCGCGCGCACCCCCGCCGGGCCGCGGUCCUGACCCCCGGGGCGAGCGGGAAAGCGGCGGCGGCGGCGGGAGCAGGAUGCAGGGGAAGAAGCCGGGCGGCUCGGCGGGCGGCGGCCGGAGCGGCGAGCUGCAGGGGGACGAGGCUCAGAGGAACAAGAAGAAGAAAAAGAAGGUGUCCUGCUUCUCCAACAUCAAAAUCUUCCUGGUGUCCGAGUGCGCCCUGAUGCUGGCGCAGGGCACGGUGGGCGCCUACCUGGUGAGCGUGCUGACCACCCUGGAGCGGAGGUUCAACCUGCAGAGCGCCGACGUGGGUGUGAUCGCCAGCAGCUUCGAGAUCGGGAACCUGGCGCUCAUCCUCUUCGUCAGCUACUUUGGGGCACGCGGGCACCGGCCGCGCCUCAUCGGCUGCGGGGGCAUCGUCAUGGCCCUGGGGGCGCUGCUGUCCGCCUUGCCCGAGUUCCUGACCCACCAGUACAAGUACGAGGCCGGCGAGAUCCUCUGGGGCGCCGAGGGCCGCGACGUCUGCGCCGCCAAUGGCACAGCCAGCGACCAGGGGCCCGAUCCUGACCUCAUCUGCCGCAACCGGACCACCACCAACAUGAUGUACCUGCUGCUCAUUGGGGCCCAGGUGCUCCUGGGCAUCGGUGCUACCCCCGUGCAGCCCCUGGGCGUCUCCUACAUCGACGACCAUGUGCGGAGGAAGGACUCCUCGCUCUAUAUAGGAAUCCUGUUCACAAUGCUGGUGUUUGGACCCGCCUGCGGGUUCAUCCUGGGCUCCUUCUGUACCAAAAUCUACGUGGACGCUGUGUUCAUUGAUACAAGUAACCUGGACAUCACCCCGGACGACCCCCGCUGGAUUGGAGCCUGGUGGGCCGGCUUUCUGCUCUGCGGUGCCUUACUCUUCUUCUCUUCCCUCCUGAUGUUCGGGUUCCCCCAGUCUCUGCCCCUGCACUCGGACCCCGCCGUGGAGAGCGAGCAGGCCAUGCUCCCCGAGAGGGAGUACGAGAGGCCCCCUCCCAGCAACGGGGUCCUGCGGCACCCGCUGGAGCCGGACAGCAGCGCCUCCUGCUUCCAGCAGCUGAAAGUGAUCCCCAAGGUCACCAAGCACCUGCUCUCCAACCCCGUGUUCACCUGCAUCGUCCUGGCCGCCUGCAUGGAGAUCGCGGUGGUGGCCGGCUUCGCUGCCUUCCUGGGGAAGUACCUGGAGCAGCAGUUUAACCUCACCACCUCCUCCGCCAACCAGCUGCUCGGGAUGACGGCGAUCCCCUGCGCCUGCCUGGGCAUCUUCCUGGGCGGCCUGCUGGUGAAGAAGCUCAGCCUGUCCGCCCUGGGCGCCAUCCGCAUGGCCAUGCUCGUCAACCUGGUGUCCACGGCGUGCUACGUCUCCUUCCUCUUCCUGGGCUGCGACACGGGCCCGGUGGCCGGGGUCACGGUUCCCUACGGAAACACCUCAGCGCCUGGCGCAGCCCUGGACCCCUACUCGCCCUGCAAUAAAAACUGUGAAUGCCAAACCGACUCCUUCACUCCCGUGUGCGGGGCGGACGGCGUCACCUACCUGUCUGCCUGCUUCGCUGGCUGCAACAGCACGAAUCUCACGGGCUGUGCGUGCCUGACGACCGGCCCGCCCGAGAACGCCACCGUGGUCCCCGGCAAGUGCCCCAGCCCCGGCUGCCAAGAGGCCUUCCUCACCUUCCUGUGCGUGAUGUGUGUCUGCAGCAUGAUCGGGGCGAUGGCCCAGACGCCCUCCGUCAUCAUCCUCAUCAGUCAGCCUGAACUCAAGUCGUACGCGCUGGGAGUCCUUUUCCUCCUCCUCGCUUUGUUAGGCUUCAUCCCCCCUCCUCUCAUCUUCGGGGCCGGCAUCGACUCCACCUGCCUGUUCUGGAGCACGUUCUGCGGGGAGCAGGGCGCCUGCGUCCUCUACGACAACGUGGUCUACCGCCACCUGUACGUCAGCAUCGCCAUCGCGCUCAAGUCCUUCGCCUUCCUGCUCUACACCACCACCUGGCAGUGCCUGCGGAAGAACUACAAACGCUACAUCAAAAGCCACGAGGGCGGCCUGAGCACCAGCACCGAGUACCGGGACAUGGAGACCGAGAAAGCCGGCCCCGGGUCCCAGUCGCCUUCGGAAGACUCCUUUGUGAGAAGCUGAGGCCUGGCCCUGUCUCUGCAGCCGCCGCCGCCCACAGACCCACAGACUCUUAGCUCCGCCUGCCCUGAGCCGGGGCCGCGCCCUGCCGGUGCCCGGUCCUCCGAGCGGGUGGGCCAGGAGGCCUCCACGCCCUCCCAGCAGGCACGUUCCCUGGUCACUGGAGGGGAACGGUGCCCUGGCCCCCAGUCUCCCUUCGGUGGCGCCCGUGGGGAGGCCCCGCGGACACGCUUGAGCAAACCCCCUCGGGAUGCCUCCCGCCCUGGGCACCCAACGGCUCUUCCCGAAUCCCCGAGGCCGGAUUCCCAUCGGGGGCCCAGGGUCCCCGGGUCCGGGCGGAAGGGGCGCACUCGCUCCGUAGACGCCAAGUGUGCUAGUCUGUAUUUUUGCAGCUUCUAUUUUCUAGAUGAGCCGUUUAGAGAGACGUGAUGUCAAGUACGUGCUGUACGACUGCUGACAAUUAUAUUAAAAGCACUAUUUUACUUCUUC